GUAUUAUCAUAAUUGCUAUAACUGUAUUCGCCUUAAUAACAAAAAAUAAGAAAAAACCUACCAUUAAGCGUAAUGUCAUCUUGAUGAUCAGUGAUGGCUUUGGUCCUGCUUCUGAAACAUUUGCUCGACAAUAUCAUACAUGGAAAGAAAAUUUAAUUCAUAAAUCAGUUUUUCCACUUGAUAAAAUCAUUGUAGGUCAAUCUCGUACACUUAGCAGUUCUAGUUUAAUCACAGAUAGCGCUGCUGGUGCAACUGCUUUUUCAUGUGCACUCAAGACAUAUAAUGGAGCGAUUGGCGUUUAUCCUGAUAAGAAGCCUUGUGGGACUGUUUUAGAGUCAGCCAAAAUUCAUCGCAAGAUGAAAACUGGACUCGUAGUUAAAUCACGUAUUACACAUGCUACACCUGCUGCUUUUUCAGCACAUAUUAAUUGGAGAGAUUGGGAAAAUGAUAUUGCUGUUCAUCAAGUAGGUUAUACGCCAUUAGGAAGAACAGUGGAUCUAAUGUUUGGUGGCGGGCUUUGUGAAUUCUUAAGUAACACAACUGAAGGAAGUUGUCGAUUAGAUAAUCGUGAUUUAAUUACUGAAGCAAAAAAUGAUUUUGAUUGGGAUUUGAUCACUACAAAAGGGGAAUUUAAUGCCUUGGAUGAAAAAAAUGUAAAAUUGCCACUCAUGGGUUUAUUUGCACCCCAUCAUAUAGCUUAUGCUAUCGAUAACGAUCCUUCACUUCAACCUUCUCUUGUAGAAAUGACAGAAAAGGCAUUAUCAAUCCUUAAAGAGUCUACGAAGGAUUCUUCUGAAGGAUUCUUUUUAAUGAUUGAAGGCAGCAGAAUCGAUAUGGCAGCACACAAUAAUGACGCUGCUGCUCAUUUCUUGGAAAUUUUAGAAUAUCAAAAAACUAUUGAAAAAGUAAUGAAAUUUGUAGACGAAAAUCCUGGUACAAUCUUGAUUUCGACUAGUGAUCAUGAAACAGGUGGUCUUACAGUAGGACGACAAGUGACAAACUCUUAUCCUGAAUAUGAAUGGAAGCCUGAAGUCAUUGCAGGAGCCAAGAAUUCAACCGAGAUCUUGAGUUGGGAAUGGGCCAAGGCAAUUAAAGAAGGAAGAGACACGAAAGAAUUUUUAGUAGAAACACUUAUUAAAAAGGGAUUAGGUGUGGAAGAUGUAACAGAUGAAGAAUUAGAUAGAUUAUUAGCUUGGAAGUCGAAUGGUCAAGAUAUUGGAUUCUUUGCUUCUGCUUUAUCUGAUUUAGUCAGUAAAAGAGCACAAAUUGGGUGGACAACCAUGGGCCAUACUGCAGUUGAUGUUAAUUUAUAUGCUUAUGGCUAUCAGUCUGAACUAUUAAGAGGAAAUCAUGAAAAUACAGAUAUUGGUGACUUUAUCGUAGAUUAUUUGAAUUUGGAUUUAAAUGAUAUCACGAAGAGAUUAAAUAGUGAUCAACUAUUUCAGAAGAAUUUAAAAGGAGCAAAUGAAGAGUUAAGAUAUAAGAAAUCAAAUCAUGAACUUCGAGUUAAAUAUAAUUAAAUAGAAUAACUAGCAUCACAUAAAUGAAAGAAAAGAGAGAGAAAAAAAAAGUAUUUUGAUAAUAAUAAUAAAAAAAUACGUGCCAUUUAUAUAGUUUAUUGUUGGGCUUUUGCAAAACGUUCAGCAACUGUCUUCCAAUGAAUGACUUCCCAAAUCUGUUUAAGAUAAUCAGCACGAACAUUCUUGUAUUGUAAAUAAUAAGCAUGUUCCCAGACAUCUACUGCUAAUAAAGGAACCAUAAAUCCAGGCAAUGUAUCCUGGUUUUGAGAAG